CCAGAGAUCUCCUACAGUCAAUAUCAUCAUUUAAAAAUCUGCGCUAUUCUCAAUCGGCGUUGAUUCGCCAAAGGAAGUCUGGCUAAGAGUUUGAUUAUCGUGCGGUUGUCGCGGUCGAGCGGUUUGUGUUUUUCGGUUAUUAUUCUACAGUUUACAGAGUCACUCUUUGUUGCACUAUUCAGUCUUCAGUGGACACACAAUCAAAGCAACCAGUUGGUGACCUGACAUAAAUAAACCAGCAUCGCAACGAAGAGAAGGUCACAUUGGGUGUGUUGUGUAUUGUCAACUUAAUUACUUAUCAACAUUUGGAUUGAAUAUGGCCAGCCAAGGUUUCCGCACCGAGUCGGACACAUUCGGAGAACUGAAGGUACCGAAUGAUAAGUACUAUGGCGCUCAGACCGUGCGCUCCACAAUGAACUUCCCUAUCGGUGGGCCCACCGAGAGAAUGCCGCAACCGGUGAUCACAGCGAUGGGCAUAUUGAAGAAAGCGGCCGCCCUUGUGAACAAAGAUUACGGACUGGAUCCGAAGGUUGCCGAUGCCAUCGCUGAAGCCGCGGAUGACGUUAUUUCGGGCAAACUGUACGACGAUCACUUCCCACUGGUCAUCUGGCAGACCGGUUCCGGUACGCAAACCAACAUGAACGUGAACGAGGUCAUCAGUAACCGAGCCAUCGAACUGCUUGGAGGAACACUGGGUUCUAAGACGCCCGUGCAUCCUAACGAUCACGUCAACAAGUCACAGUCGUCGAAUGACACCUUCCCGACAGCAAUCCACGUUUCGGUAGCUUGUGAGCUGACGGGAAAUUUGAAACCGGCUAUUAAGAUCUUGCACGAUGCACUGAAGGCCAAAUCGGAAGAAUUCAAGGAUAUCAUUAAGAUUGGUCGUACUCACACCCAGGAUGCUGUACCGCUCACCCUCGGUCAGGAAUUCAGUGGCUACGUUCAGCAGAUGGCUUUCGCCCUCGAACGAAUUGACGCCUGUUUGCCACGGGUAUACAUGUUGGCCUUAGGAGGUACCGCCGUAGGAACUGGAUUGAACACCCGCAUCGGAUUCGCCGAGAAGUGCGCUGCCAAAAUUUCCGAACUAACCGGAUUACCAUUCAUCACUGCCCCGAACAAGUUUGAAGCUUUGGCUGCUCGUGAUGCGAUGGUAGAAGUUUCCGGUUGUCUGAAUACCAUCGCCGUCAGCUGUAUGAAAAUUGCCAACGACAUUCGUUUCCUGGGAUCCGGACCUCGGUGUGGAUUGGGUGAGCUGAGUCUGCCGGAGAACGAACCUGGUAGUUCGAUCAUGCCCGGAAAAGUUAACCCGACCCAGUGCGAAGCGAUGACUAUGGUUUGUGCCCAGGUGAUGGGCAAUAACGUGGCCGUUAGCAUCGGUGGAUCCAAUGGACACUUUGAGCUGAAUGUGUUCAAGCCACUGGUCGUGUCGAAUGUGCUGCGGUCGAUUCGGCUGUUGUCGGAUAGCGCACGUACCUUCAGCAAGAACUGCGUGGUUGGCAUUCAAGCAAAUCGGGCAAACAUUGACAAGAUCAUGAACGAAUCGUUGAUGCUGGUGACGGCACUGAAUCCGCAUAUAGGUUACGAUAAGGCUGCCAAGAUUGCCAAAACGGCACACAAGGAGGGUACUACGUUGAAAGAGUCCGCUCUCAAGCUGGGCUACCUGACGGAGGAGCAGUUCAACGAGUGGGUCCGCCCGGAAAACAUGCUCGGACCGAAGUAAAGGCACAGUAAGGUACUUUCUGUAUUAUUUUAUUUAUUCUUUCGGAAAGCAAUUGCUGUAUAGUGAAAUGCAAAAGAUUGUAAUGUAUUGUUACGAGGUGGGUUGAAAACCAUAAUGGCAUCAUUGGUGAACUCGAAUCCUCUCGAUGUGGUUUAAAAUAAUAUACUUUUGUUAUUUUCAUUGACAUGCUUUUGAAUGUCAAUUAACUUGAUAUAAAAAAUGAACUGGGAAUGGUUGCUUAAAAUA